AGUCUACUUUCAGAAAACCCCCCAACAGUCCAUCCGUCAUCAGAACCGAACUGAACGGGGCGGGGGGCGAAAACCCUGACUGAACAGACCUGACCUCGCUUGACCUGACCUGACUGACCGACUGACUGGUUUCCGCUUGGGGCUCGCUUUGGCACCGUCACAUUCGACUUGCACCCUGCUGGUAGAGUCGCGCCUGGCCUCUGUGGCGGUGGGCGUUGAACGAGAGGGCGGCGAAUGGCGGACGCGGCGGAGAACAGCGUCCUGUUUGUCUCCAUCAUUGCCAUCUACGCGAGCCUGGGAUUCUUCAUUGUCUUCAUAUGGGCGUACCGACAACGCAAACGCCUCGCUUCUCGACAGCGAGCACCUCAGCGGUGUAUGCCACUCGCAUGGGGCGAUUUAACAAGUUUUGAAACCCAAUUCGUAAUAGCAGCAUUGCAAGAAACAGCUGCCACCAAGAUUGAACCGCAACCACAUCACGCUUCAAGAAAUCCAGGCUGGCGUUUAGUCGCGGACGACCAAGGCAACAUGAUUGAGCAAAAUUAUCAGCAAGAUAUGGCGCGUGCGCUCGAUUCGCUGGCCGAGAUUGCGGCCACAUACGACGCGUCCUUGACGAAACGUCCCGGCGAAUCGUGGCGAGAUUAUUUGCAGGCGCUUUGCCAACAUGCGCCGCCGCUGGCGAGCCAUUCUGGUGUUGCGCGAGCCAUUAGUACUCAGUUUGAGCAAUCUCGAUUGGGAGCUGCGGAGGUUGAGCUUCACGAGUUUGACAAGUUCAUGCGCUCUGUCAGCACGCUCAGCUCGUUGUUGUCGUUCGAUCAAACUCGCACUGCAACCAGUCACGCGCAUUUUGCCCACCGUCAUCAUUGAGCCAAGCUUUUUCGUGAAAACAUCAGCUGAAACUCUUCUUUGAGGCCUGCUAUCUCUAUGCGCACAGUAUUGCGCUUUGGUCAAUAAAAUUGAGUGCAUGGUGUUUG